UGAAUUCUAUACUAUACUAUUCUAUUAUGCCAAGCGGGGUCUGAUAUACCCCCACCGUUACACACGAGGGUUAAGCCUACUGUGCUCUAUCUCAGAGAGGUGAGUUUCCUGGAGGAAUACUACUGUCAUGGUUUUAGCAAUGUUCCGGACCCACAUGCAGGGAUGCAUUCAGGAAACCAAAUAGUUCAAAGGAUUUAUUUACAGGAAAAAAUGUUAAAUGUGUGAUGAAGGUCCGCUGAUGGCCAGGCUGCUGAGGACCGACACGAUCGGCGCUCUGGAGACACAGAUCAGGAAGUUGAGUAUAAAGAGCAAACUGGGACUAGUACUUGUGAAUUGAGCUUACUAGUGCCGGGGAAUUUCCGCCAGGGAGAGGUGAUGGGGAUCGAGGAGUCCUGGCAGUGAUCUGAUUCGACAGGCAGUACUCACAACUUGACGACCGCUCCAAGAUGGCCGCCCAAGCAGCCAAUGAGGGGCCUGCUCUUUAUUCAAUCUAUCCUACACCCUGCUAAUGGUAGGCGGAGCUUCAUAAACCGUGCCCUCCGCUUCCCAGGCUUUCCUCCCAGGGAGUCUUAAGCAGACUGAACACCUGGUUUUCUUCAGAUUCAGAAUCGCUGACACCCUCAGAGCUGCAGCAGGAUCACUUUUCAGCUUUAGAGGUGAUGAUGAUGAUGCUCUGAGCUGCUGUCCAAUCAGAGAAUAGCUCUCAGUAACCUUUGCUCCGGUUGGACUCUGGAUCUUCAGCUGCAGGCAAACACAGCGUCCUCGUUCUCCUGGCGGUGUGAUCCACAAUGAAGUUCCCUUCUCCUCUUCUUCUACUUCCUUCCAUCUUGCUGCUCGGAGUCUUCUUCCCUGCAGCUGAUAGUGGACACUUUCUGGCCUUCCCAGGUGAGCACAGCCACUGGCUGAACAUGCGAACCAUCAUAGAGGAGCUUGUGAGGAGAAACCACAAGGUGACCGUCCUGGUGCCGGACGCUUCGCCGUCAGUCAACUAUAACAGCAGUCGAGAUGCUGCCAAGUUCAACUUCUUGGUCUUCAAGGUUCCAUUCAGUAGAUCAGAUAUGAACAACAUUAUGCAGGAUUUUAUUCAGUUCUCCAUGUAUAAGGCCCAUAACUCCUCCCUGCUGGAUCGCUUUCUGGUGCCACUGACAAUCAUGGGGAAGUUCUCCCAAAUUGGGAAGCAGCAAUGUGACGCCAUGCUGAAAAACCAGCAGUUGAUGGCAACCCUGCGUGACGCCGCCUUUGAUGUGGUCAUCUUGGACCCCAUGGUGGUGUGUGGCGAUCUGGUGGCCGAUGUGCUCGGUGUGCCUCUGGUCCUUUCGCUGCGGUUCUCAUUCGGCAGCACCUUAGAGCGUCAUUGCGGCCAAGCGCCGAUGCCAGCAUCCUUCAUCCCCGCGUCUCCACUGCCGUACAGCGACCACAUGACUUUCGGGGAACGGCUGGUCAACAUGCUGACCUACACAGGGAUGUCUGUGUUGAGCGAAUUGACCUGGAAAAUGACACUUGAUUCUUUCUACACUGAGAUCAAAGGAAGUCCUAGCAGCUUCUGUAGCUCCCUGGGCAGGGCUGAUGUCUGGCUGAUCAGGACCUUCUGGGACAUCGAGACGCCACGGCCAAUACCUCCAAACUUUUUCUAUGUGGGCGGUCUUCACUGUAGACCAGCCAAUCAGCUGCCAGAGGACCUGGAAGCCUUCAUGCAGAGCUCUGGAGAUGCUGGCGUAGUGCUUGUCACCUUUGGCUCCAUGGUAACCAAUCUGUCACCAGACAGAGCAAAUGUCAUUGCCUCUGCUUUGGGACGAUUACCACAGAAGGUCAGAGACUCCACCCACUCACUUCCUGUCACCGUUUCUUCUCACCACUUAACUGCUUCUUCCAUGUCCGCCAAGUCCCCCAGGUCCGGAACCGAUGCAAAUUGGUCAUACUCGCCUCACCCCAGCUGA